GUUCUGUUCCGCCUCCACUGAGAUCUCCCUCCUCGUCUCGUCGGCACCGGCCCCGGCACCGCCACAGCUCUCCCCGCAAGGUUAAUUUUUCUUGGCGGGAUUCCCCAGGUUUAAUUCGUUGAUUACAUCCUUCUCGUCGCCAAUCGGGUUGGAAUCACGCGCGCUUCUUCCCGAUGAACUCCAGGAGGGAUUUCCGCAGCCACAGAAGUGCUUUAUUUGAUGGUAUUGAAGAAGGUGGUAUCAGAGGCUCUGUAUACUCGUCUCGUGAAAUUCAUGAGCAUGAGAAUGACCAGGCUAUGGACAGCCUACAUGACAGAGUCAGCAUUCUCAAAAGAUUGACAGGCGAUAUUCAUGAAGAAGUGGAGAAUCAUAACCGGAUGCUGGACCGGAUGGGUAAUGACAUGGACACCUCCAGGGGAUUUCUUUCUGGCACUGUGGACAAGUUCAAGAUGGUUUUCGAGACAAAAUCAAGUCGCAGAAUGGCUACCAUGGUGGCCUCCUUCAUCGCCGUCUUCUUGCUUCUAUACUACCUGACCAAAUAGAUGCAUAGCUUGGUCCUUCAUUUCGGUAGCUUGGUCAUGUUGCCUGCAGCGCAUGCAGUGUAUAUCACUAUAUUUGCCUGACUAUGUGGUGUGAUUUACAUUGGUAGAUCUUCUCGAACUGUCGAUCAUGAAGCUAAGUGCUGCUCAUGCCACGCACAGUUUCUCCAGACACACUUGAAGAUGUUCUGAAGCCUUGAAAUCGAAGAUGUGCUAUGAGGGUGAUA